AUGUGUCGCUCUCUGACAGAUAAAGAAAGGCAGUUAACAGAGCUAAGGGAGAGAACUGAUGAGAAAAUGGAACAUCUGAAAAGAGAACACGCUCGGGAAAAGUUACAACUGGAACAAGAUAGGACCAUGGCGUUACAAGAGAAAGAUUUAGCCCAGAAGGAGAGAGACAAUAUAAAGGAGCAGUUGAAACAGAAGGAGAUACAACUGAACACAUUUGGUAAAACUUUACAAGAGCUGGAAUCUGUAACAAGAGAGAAGAGACAACUUGAAGCUCAUGUUCAGAAAUUGGAAUCCUCAACUGGGGACUCCAAGGUGCUACUUGAUGGCAAGAGAAAAGAGUUGAUGGCCCUAAAUGAAGCUCUUGCCAAACUCCAGGAGAGAAACACUCGUCUAGAAGCCGAAAACCACACCAUUCAUGCUGAUUUGAAGGCUCAAAAGGAAAGUGGGAACCGCGAGGUUCGGGAAUUAAAUAUUGCAAUAAAUGAAUUAAAAUCUCAACAUGAAAAUGAACGACACUACCUCAAUGAUAAUCUUUCACAAACACAAACAAGAUUACGGUCAGUGGAAGCAAGCCUGGCUGCAGCAGCUAGUGACAGAGAUUCCAUGCAGGCAAAGUGUCGUCUGCUAGAAAACACUGUACAGGAACUGCAGUCUAAGUUAUCAGACGAGAGCACUGGACGAAGACUGGCGGAACAAUCUGUAGGAACACUCAGGUUACAACUGGAGGACAUGAAAAAUGACAAGAACGUAAUUGAAGCUCGCUUUGUGGAGAUGAGGAACCAGGUAAUGAAGGCAGAGGAGAAGUUGAGGAUAGAAGAGGAGAAAUGUGUGGCUACAUCAGCACAACUUCAGGAACUAAAUGCUAUCUCCCAUACCAAUAAAUCAACGGUUAAAGCCAAGUCGGAACAAGUAGAAAUGUUACAGAAGGAGAUUAGUAAUUUGAAACAGAUUAUAGAAACACAGAAACAGAAUCUUAAUGGUAAAAUCAAAAAGUCAGCUCUAGAAUAUCAACAACAAAUUGAAAACAUUGAAGAAGAGAAGGAUAAAUUUCAGUUAUUAAAUCAACAAUUAUCUACAGAUCUUGACUCAUGCAGGGAACAUAUUGCCAGCAAAAAUAAAGAAAACCUUAAGCUACAAGAGGAGAUAUUGGUGCUAGAGGAUAAUGUUAGAGAAUGUAAGGUGAAACAGAAACAUGCUGAGGAUACGUUAAAGAUAGAGGCUGACAAACAAAUGGAGUUACAUGCUAGCUUGGAAAUGGAAGAAAAAUGGCUUCAGCUUGAAGAGAAGUGGUUUGAAGCACAGGAGGAAGAAUUGAAAAGAUUACGUAAUUUUCUAGCUAGGAAAGUAGAACAGUCAGGUGACUCGGAUAAAACUAUGUGGCAGGAGAUGAAUCGAGUAAUUCAAGAUCUGAGUCGUCAAAUGACUACACAUCUAGACUCAACAAGGGGUGGAGACAAAGAGAAGAGUCCCGAGUCCCUUGUAUCUAGGCUACGAAAACAGGUAGCGGAAGUUCAGGGUGAACUUAGUACAGAGAAAUCCCUACAUCAGAUCACUAAGACGUCGUUAGUGGCGCUAGAAGAAGAUUGUCAAAGGUUACGUAAACAGUUACAUCAUUAUCGGAGACGUGAUCCACCUUCCGGAGAAAAAAAACACAAAAACAGAAUGGAAGCAAUCAAUGCUAUAAUAGCCAGGUCACAGUCCCAGGCGCAAGCUCUUUUGUCUUCAGGCGGUCACUUUGAUGACAGUAUGGUCAGCCCUAGAGUCCGCACACACCAGGCCAGUCACAGAGUUGGAUUUCACAGUCCACGUCAUGCAGACUCCCCGGACAAUUCCUACUGCGAAGAUUUGUCUGUUGCUAGUUUACCACCAAUGCAUUACGGGCUUUCGUCCUCAAAAUCAUAGUAUAGCUAGUGCAUUUUGAACUGUAAAGUAGCAUAUAGCUAGUACAUACUGAAUUGUACAGUAGAGUAAAGCUAGUGCAUACAUGAACUGCACAGUAUAGUAUAGCUACUGUACAGUAAUAUGGUCAUCAAGUUUAGUAAAUGGAUAUUGAAAUGUCUUGAUUAAUAAGUUAUUUAGUUGGUGCAUAUAAUACUUAAGUAUUACAGUUCAGUGUCUUUUAUUAAUUUUAGCCAAGACAAAUACUGUGUACAUUACCAUUGUAAUUUUUCACAAUCCAUACAGUAUAGACUUAUCUCUAUGGAAUAUUGUAAAAGUAUAGCCUAUACAUACUGAACUGUCUUAAAACAUUGCAUUAAACCUUACUAUGCAUUAUUUCUACAGCAGCUGAUUACAAAUUUGUAUGAUAUUUUCAGAGAAUAGAACUGCCAGUAUUUUAUUUUGAUAUUGUCAGUCAUAUGAUAUUAUAUAGUUUAAUAGAAGCUGUAACUAGAAAAACAUACAGAAUAUAUAAAUGAUUAUAUCUUUUUUAUAUGUUUUAUAUAUUAAGUAUUUACUGUAGAAAUUAGUCACAAACAUUCCGUCCUUGAUGCUUUACAUGACUUAAUUUUCAUAAUCAUUAAAUUAUAAUCAAAACCACAAUACCAGGAGAAAUUUAUAGAUUUAGUGAUAUAUUGACUGUAUUUUAUGUUUGUUACCAUGGCAAUGUAUUAUUCCUAUGAUAUGUUAGUUGUAGUUGUCCUUCCAUGAUAUUAACUUUUAUCUACAUAAUCAUACAUGUCUAUAUUAUUGUAUUUAUCACAAAUCUUGUAUGUAUAGAUGAUAUUUGUUUUCAUUGAUGUGAUAUAGUUUAUAUUUCACUGAGGCUACAAAAUAUUAAAAUAUUCUCAAAUGAUAAUAGUUAUAGGGAGUAUAAAGGGAGAUGUUAUAUUAAAAUGUGAAAACCAAACACAUUUUCUAUUCAUGCUUUUUUUUUUGGCAACAAGUGUUCAAUACACAAUACAUGUGUAACAUGUAUAUUUAUAAAUGUUAUUACAAAAGGGUGAUAUUGCAUUACUAAUUUUGACCCUCCCUUUGAUUUCAGAUUGAAAUAAACUUAAAUAUUAUUAUUUUAGUGAGGUACCUCUAUGUUUGAGUUUAUAAAAUUUAAUAAAUCAAUGUUUAGUUAUGUAUUUUUUAGAAUAAGAAAGUAAUCAGAAUUAUGAAUAUUUAUUUAAUAAGAAAACAGAUUAAUCAUAUAAUUUAUAUAAUAAUAUUAGAAAGAAAACAAUACAGAUUUAACCAAGCACUGCAUAAAUCACCUAAAACAACAAGACUCGUCUUAUAUUAAAAGAAACAUGCCUACUCUUAUAUUCUUAUCAUACUAUAUGAUUUUAUCUGCGAUAUUUGAAUGUCUCAAGAUU